UGAAGGACAACGCAACAAGACAUGAAAGAAAAGCGCAACUCCAGUUGGAGCCACUGUAACGGUUGAACCGCUUCCUUCUCCCCUUCACUUCUUGCUUUAGACUCGCUACUUCUCUGUCUCUGUCUCUGUCUCUCUCUCUGUCUCUCUCUCUGUGCACUCUGAAAAUAUUAGCCAAAAUGAUAAGUACGCCACAUUCACUCUCAUUCACAUUUUCACCCAAGUCUUUAUGCUAUUUGCAUCUCUCUCUUGCUUCACUUAAUUUCAUGGUUCUAAGUUUGCCCAUUUGAGAAGACCACCACCUCAACAGAUGGCUUGCAUGAAGCUGGGAGCUAAGUCUGAAGCUUUUCAUCGGGAAGGCCAAACUUGGCUUUGCACAACUGGGCUUCCAAGCGAUGUUAUAAUUCAAGUUGGGGAAAUGUCUUUCCACCUCCACAAGUUUCCCUUGCUUUCUAAAAGUGGACUAUUAGAGAGGCUUAUUGAAGAGUGUUCUGGUGAGGAAGGAUCUGCUUGUUCCUUGCAACUUCAUGGCAUUCCCGGGGGCGCUAAAGCAUUUGAGCUUGUGACCAAAUUUUGCUAUGGUGUUAAAAUAGAACUGACUGCUUUGAAUGUAGUCAUCCUUAGAUGUGCAGCAGAAUACCUCCAAAUGAGUGAAGAUUAUGAACAAGGAAAUCUCAUUGCACAAGCAGAGGUUUUUCUUUCUGAAGUCUUCAGCAAUUGGAGAGACUCCAUAGUAGCUCUCGAAACAUGUGAAGAAGUUCAACGAUAUCCUGAAGAUCUCCACAUUGCUUCAAGAUGCAUUGAUUCCUUGGCCAUGAAAGCUUGUGCAGACCCAAAGUUAUUCAGUUGGCCUAUAGUAGGAGGAAAUGACGACAUGAAGAACCCAACAGCCACUGUCUUAUGGAAUGGAAUAGUUUCUGAUGACGCUAAGCCACAACCUCCCUCUGAUGAUUGGUGGUAUGAAGAUGCAUCCUUACUUAGCUUAUCUCUCUAUAAACGAUUGAUUCAAGCGGUUGAAUCGAAAGGAAUGAGGCCUGAGAGUAUUGCUGCUUCUCUCAUAUUCUAUGCUAGACAGUAUCUCCCCUUAAUGAAUAGGCAAUCGAGCUUUAACGACACAAAUUAUGUAAACUCAGGCACAACCAUUUCUAACAUUUCUGAGGCAGACCAGAGGGCUCUACUUGAAGAAAUUGUGGGGUUACUUCCUCAUCAGAAAGGAGUCACAUCCUCAAAGUUUCUGCUUAGGCUGCUACGAACUGCUAUGAUCUUACAUGCAAGUCCAUCAUGUAGAGAAAAUUUGGAGAAAAGGGUAGGUGCUCAGUUGGACCAAGCUGUGCUCGUAGAUCUUCUCAUACCAAAUAUGGGUUAUUCAGUGGAGACUCUUUAUGACAUAGACUGCAUUCAGAGGAUUCUUGAUCAUUUCAUCUCAAUAAACCAGGCUUCACUUGCAUCAACUUCCCCGUGCAUAAUUGAGGAGGGGCAAUUGAUGAGUGGCACUGAUCCACUGACACCUAUUACUACGGUAGCCAAUCUGGUGGAUGGAUAUCUUUCUGAGGUAGCGCCAGAUGUCAAUUUGAAGUUACCAAAAUUUCAGGCACUUGCUGCUGUCAUCCCUGAAUAUGCCAGGCCACUGGAUGAUGGCAUAUAUCAUGCAAUUGAUGUUUUCUUGAAGGCACAUCCUUGGCUUACAGAUUCUGAAAGGGAGCAACUCUGUCGACUCAUGAACUGCCAGAAGCUCUCACUGGAAGCUAGCACCCAUGCAGCUCAGAAUGAGAGGUUACCUCUUCGAGUAAUUGUUCAAGUCCUCUUCUUCGAACAGCUUCGACUCCGUACAUCGAUUUCUGGAUGGUUUUUUGUUGACAAUCUUGAGAACUCACAGAACCCCAGUGCAAACCUUGGCCUCCCUACCAAAAAUGAUGUCUCUGGUCAAGUGGAACCUGCCCAUGACCGGGCCGUAGGUGUUGAUCAUCAUGACAUGAGGGAACGUGUUUUAGAGCUUCAAAAGGAGUGUUCAAACAUGAAAAUGGAGCUGCAGAAGCUGGUGAAGACCAAGAGAAGUUGGAGCAUCCUUCCCAAAAGGCUAGGUUUUAGAAAAAAAUGGGAGCCUUGUAGUCCAAAAGAAUCAAAGCCCUCUGAUAGGAUGGCACCAGCACCAGCACCAUGUUGCAAUGGGCAACAAAAUCAUGAGAACAGCUAGUGAAGUGGCUCAUUCAACUUCAAAGCCUCAAAAUCUUUGUAUUUAGGUUAAAUUAAUUCUUGGAUUCACAGUUUCUAAUUCUUUUGCAUGUGUGUCAACUGGAUUAAGUGAUGUAUUGUCUAGAAGAUAGGCUUUAAUUCAAUUUAUUUACACCUUGA